GAAAAAAUUGAUUUUAUUUUAAAAAAUAGAAGUGAUAGAUUUAAAGAAGAAAAAAAUCAAUUCAGUGCGAUAAAAAGUUUAUUUAAUUUCUUUGCGCCGAUGAAUGAUGUUUCAAAGGAAAGUGAUUAAUUAUUUCAACGUUAAUUGAUGACAAAACGACUAUAUCACAAUGGAUUACAGAAUUUCUUAUGGAUUAAUUUGGGCGCUGCUUUUAGUAGCAUCUACUUGCAGCGCUUAUUCUGAUGAGCAUGAUAUGAGAGUAUGUAUUGGUACAAAUGGACGCAUGUCAGUACCAUCAAAUCGACAGCAUCAUUAUCGUAACUUGCGCGAUCGUUUUACAAAUUGUACACAUGUUGAUGGAAAUUUGGAAUUAACAUGGCUCGACGAUUCAAAAAUUGAUCUAGACUUUUUACAACAUAUUCGUGAAGUUACCGGAUAUGUUCUUAUCAGCCAUGUAGAUGUGAAAAAUAUUAUUUUACCACGAUUACAAAUUAUUCGUGGUCGAACUUUAUUCAAAUUAAACAUUUACGACGAGCAAUUUGGACUGUUCGUUAGCUAUUCAAAAAUGGAUUCUCUAGAAUUACCGGCAUUACGUGAUAUUUUAUCUGGAUCGGUGUUUAUAUUUAAUAACCAAAAUUUAUGCUUCCUCCAAACAAUCAAUUGGGAUGAAAUUAUUACAGGGCCGGGGGAAAUUUCAAAAAUCGUCUACAAUUUUACAUUUCCCGAGCCGGUGUGUCCCAAAUGUCAUGCGUCUUGUAUAGCUGGAUGUUGGGGUGAAGGAGCCCACAACUGUCAGAAAUUCAGCAAAAUAAAUUGUUCGCCACAAUGUGGUGAGGGUCGGUGUUUUGGUCCAAAUCCACGUGAUUGUUGUCAUUUAUUUUGUGCUGGCGGUUGUACAGGACCCACACAAAAUAAAUGUUUGGCAUGUCGAAACUUUUACGAUGAUGGUGUUUGUAAACAUGAAUGUCCACCGAUGCAAAAGUAUAAUCCAACCAAUUAUUUAUGGGAAACAAAUCCAGAGGGAAAAUAUGCGUAUGGUGCAACAUGCGUUAGAAAUUGUCCAGAGCAUUUACUUAAAGAUAAUGGAGCCUGCGUAAGAACAUGUCCAAUAAAUAAAACGGCGAAAAAUGGUGAAUGUGUCACUUGUAACGGUCCUUGUCCGAAAACCUGCCCGGGUGUUGGUGUCAUUCAUUCAGGAAAUAUUGAUACAUUCCGUGGAUGUACAAUUAUAGAAGGAAACCUUGAAAUUUUGGAUCAAACAUUUAACGGUUAUCAGCAGGUUUUUGCCAAUUUCUCAUUUGGCGAACGAUACAUUAAAAUGCACCCGGAUCGUUUGGAGGUGUUUUCAACAUUGCGUGAAGUUACCGGCUAUAUCAACAUUCAAGGCGAUCACACUCAUUUCACAAAUUUAUCAUAUUUUCGAAAUCUCGAAAUAAUUGGUGGUCGCCAAUUACUUGAUACAUACUUUGCGUCGCUUUAUAUUGUCAAAACCAAUUUGAAAUCGUUGGAGUUACGGUCAUUAAAACAAAUUAAUUCGGGAGCCGUUGUGAUAUUAGAGAACAAAAAUCUUUGCUUUGCCGGCGAUAUUGACUGGAAGAAAAUAAAAAAGGCAGACAAUCAUGAAUCGGUGAUUUCGAACAAUCGCGAACAAAUGGAUUGUAAACGCGAUGGUUUAUUUUGUUCGGGAGAGUGUACAGAUGCUGGAUGCUGGGGAGCUGGAUCCGAUCAAUGUUUGGAAUGUAAACAUGUGAAAUACAAUGGUACAUGUUUACGAUCAUGUCAAAGUCAAUCGAAUCUAUACACAAUGCCAGAUAAAAUACACUGUGGUCAAUGUCAUCCAGAAUGCAAGCGUUCCUGUACUGGUCCUGACGAGACUGAUUGUCUUGAUUGUGCACAUGUUAGAGACGGCAAACAUUGUUUGGCAGCGUGUCCCGUAUCGAAAUAUGCCCGGAAUAGUACAUGUUUUGAUUGCCAUGAGACAUGUAAUGGAUGCACUGGACCCAGAAAUACAAUCGGUGAAAAUGGAUGUAUAACUUGUGAAAAAGCAAUCAUCAAUGACAAUAAAAUUGAACGAUGUUUAAAAGCGAAGGAAAACUGUCCAGAUGGAUAUUACGAUGAAUUUGUGGCUCCAAAAGAAAACAAAGAGGAACUAACAAUACUUAAACCACUUGUUGGGAAGGCGAUUUGUCGCAAAUGUCAUCCCCGUUGCAAACAAUGCACUGGGUAUGGUUUUCAUUCGCAAAUUUGUCAAAAAUGUGCUGGCUACAAACGGGGCGAACAGUGCGAAGAUGAAUGCCCACCUGAUCACUAUGCAGACGAGGAACAUCGUGAAUGCUUUCCAUGUCACAAAGAUUGUCGAGGAUGUAAUUCAGCCGGACCGAAUAACUGUGUACAAUGUUGGAAUUAUAAAAUAUUUGAAGGUGAACCUAGUGAUAAUUCAACGUCAUUCAAUUGCACACAAACCUGUCCAACAACACAUCCACAUCAGAAUUUUCAUUCCUUGAAGCAACCAUUCUGUAGUGCUAUAUCGGCAAAAGCUGAUUUUGCAGACGGUGAAUCAACUGAAACAAUUAUGUAUUUGGCUAUAGCAUUUGUUGUACUAUUGCUUUUGUUUGCGGUUUUAAUAAUGUCGUCGUUGCAUUUUCGUCAAAAGGCUAAAAUAAAGAAGGAAACGGUUGGUAUGACACGGGUUUUGGCUGGUUUUGAAGAUGCCGAACCCUUACGGCCAAGCAAUGUCGGUGCGAAUUUGUCAAAAUUAAUGGUAAUUAAAGAGGACGAGCUAAGUAUGGGUGAUUUGUUGGGUCGUGGCGCUUUUGGUGAAGUAUAUAAAGGAAUUUGGUUGUAUGAAUCGUCGAAAAAUAAAAAAUCAAAAGUACCGGUUGCUAUCAAACAAUUAACAAAUGGUGACAACAGUCGCAAAUAUAUAGCUGGCAAAGAAUUUUUGGAAGAAGCAUACAUUAUGGCAACGGUUGAACAUGUUAAUAUAUUGCGAUUACUUGCCGUAUGUAUGACUGAUAAAAUGAUGUUGGUUACACAGUUAAUGCAAUUUGGUUCGUUACUUGAGGUUGUAAAAGCAAAAAAGGGCAAAAUUUGUUCAUUAAAAUUGCUCAGUUGGUCAACACAAAUAGCCAAAGGAAUGGCUUAUUUGGAAGAACGUCGUUUAGUACAUCGUGAUUUAGCCGCUAGAAAUGUGCUGGUAAACACCAUGAACAACGUUAAGAUUGCCGAUUUCGGAUUGGCAAAGCUUCUAUCAAAUGACAGUGAUGAGUAUGUAGAGUCUGGUAGAAAAAUGCCAAUCAAGUGGCUAGCACUCGAAUGUAUUCGUAAUCGAUUGUUUACAACAAAAUCCGACGUAUGGGCGUUCGGUGUUACAAUUUGGGAGAUAAUAUCGUUUGGAAAACGACCAUACGAAGAUAUUGCAGCUAUAAAUGUGCCAGAAGAAAUUGAAGCCGGUAAAAAACUUGAAAUGCCAGAAAUCUGCACACUGGAAGUAUAUUGCGUAUUGCUUUCUUGCUGGCAAAUUGAUGCGGAUAGUAGACCAACAUUUAAAAUAUUGGUUGAUGAAUUUGAAAAAUUCAAAAGUGAUCCAGGUCGAUACCUACAUAUUCCCGGUGAUAGCUAUUACCGAUCGCCACAAUAUACUGGACACGAUGAUAAAGACUUGAUACGCACACUAGCACGACAGCAUAUCAAUCAAGAAUCAAUUGUUGAUAUUGAUAUGAUGACAAAUCCAAAUCGAAUGUCACAAUCAAAACCCGGACCAAGCAAUGCACAACCCAUUGCAAAUGCGCUCAGACAGUACAAUUUAGCCGGACGCGCUAAACUACCCGAUGACGAUGAAACCGACUCAAAUCGUGAGAUCGGUUUAGGUAAUAUAAGACUAGACUUGCCUUUAGAUGACGAUGACUAUUUAAUGCCCACAUGCCAAAGUGAAUCAAAUGCAACGCCAGGCUAUAUGGAUUUAAUCGGAACACCAGCCUGCGUUGAUAAUCCAGAAUAUCUGAUGAAUAAUAAUGUAUCAAGUAUUCAAACAGCAUUUCCCUCAACGACAAGGGUGUCGGCGACGGCCGUAUCAAGUCGUCUGCCGACCCAGACAAUUGGCAUUCCUGUUUUGGGUGAUAAAACACAUGCACUAGAUAAUAUCGAACAAGACUCAGAUCGUGAGUACUACAACGAUUUGCAGAGAGAAUUGCAACCACUGCAGACAAAUGAAACAACGGUUUGAAUGUCUAGCAUAGCAUAAAUCAACAAACAAAUUGUACAAUAAUUUAUCAUGACAAUAAUUCAUGUGACCUGUUUGAAAAAUAUGAUUCUUUUAAAAUAUAUUUGUCACAUUCAAGUAUUAAAAUAUCAUAACACACUUUUCAACUGCCUAUUGACUUCAUCGUGUGUGUUUGUAUGAUAUAAACGCAAUUAUACAAAAACAAAAAAACAUUUACUUUGAGCAACUAAGUGCCUAUUUUUUUUUAAAUUGUACUAAUGAUUUUUAUUUACUAGGUGUAGGCUUGAAAUUUAAGUAGAUCUUAUAAGAAAAAGUGCCGUUUUAAUAUUAAAUACUAUAACAUUUUACGAGAUAUUGUACUUACAUAAACAAAAUCGUUUGGAUAUGAAAUUUUAGUCAUAUGACAUGAUCGAAAUACAAAUUAGGUUAAUGUAAUUGUUUUAAUUGAAAUCAUCGAAAUUGUCAAACUUCCAAAAUAUUGAAAUAUUUAAAGUUUUAUUAAAUUAUGUUUCACUUUUUGACAUUUUGAAACUAAAGCACUAAAGAUCAUUCAAUUCAAAUGCACGCGCCAUUUUGCCUGAAAAAAGGAAAAAUAGUUUUUUAAAAUGCGAAAUUACAAAUGAACACCUUCAAAUGUGUACUUUCCCCCACGUUUAAUAAAAGCGUUGAAAAAAAUAAAAAUAAUUGCACUUAAUAGGAUCUGUGAUAAACUCAGCUAUUGUGCGCAUAAAGUGAAACGAAUAGAAAGUGUUGAAAAAAUGCAUGCAAAGUUUGAAAAAUAUAUAUCACAAAUUACACAUUUAAAAGUUUAAAAACUUACAAAGUGCCUCAUAUAUUUUAACUAUAUUUUACUAAAAUAUCUAAAUUUCAAUUCUAUGCAGGAGCCACACUUUUUUCCUAAAUACGUUUUCGUGAUUUCAAGAUAUUGAUAUGUAAAUACGAAAGGCGCAUACCUGAACCAGUUUUAAUUAUACAUAAAAGCAAAUUUAUUUACUUAAGAGACAUUUCUUUUUGAAAUUUUAAGAUUUUUAUGUAUAAAAAUAAAAAUGUAUAAAAAAAACA